AUGAGUGAAGCCAAAACAACAGAAAUACAUCUGGAAGAUGAAAGCAUGAACAAUCCGCAACAUGACGAGAACACAAACGAACAACCAUCAAAAUCAUCAUCAAGCUCUUCUUCCAGAAGAGAAAAGACGAGCAGAACUCUUUUCGUGGGAAAUAUUCCUGCUGAAACAUCUGAAGAUGAAGUCCGUAAAGUCUUUGAGGAAUACGGUAACAUCAUCAGAGUUGCUAUGGGAGCUAUGGAUAUGAAGAAGAAACAAAACGGGUAUGCCUAUUGUUUUGUUGAAUUUGAAAUUCUUCGAGAUGCCGAAAUUGCCUAUGAUAAACUCCAAGGAGCAAAAAUUGGUGAUAGAAACAUCAAACUAGAUUAUGACUUUGGACCAAGAGGACAACGAAAGAGUUCUUAUAGAAGAAGAUCCCCAAGAAGAUAUGAAAGAAGAUCUCCUAGAUACUCUAGAUACGAUGACCGAAGGGAUGAUAGAUAUGACCGUAGAGAUGAUAGAAGAGAUGAUCGAAGAUCAUAUGAUGACUAUUCCGACAGAGAAGAUAGAAGAUACGAUGAUGAUUAUGACAGAGAUGAUAGAAGAGAUCGUAGAGAUGACAGACGAGACAAUGGACGUGAUAGAAGACCAAGACAUUCUUCUAGAAGAUAUGAACCUUACGGUAGAAACUCAAAUUCUCCUAGAAGAUAA